GUUUGAAUGGUCCGUAGGCUCCAACGUCAAAUAUAAGCGGUUCCAACGAGGAACAAAUAGCUGAGAAAAGCUAUAACCAGAAUUUCACACCUUCCCCAUCUCUUCCAAUGGAAAUCCUCAGUGCGUGAAACAACCUCCAACCACAAAUUUCACGUUCUGCUCUGGAUUUCCAUUGCAUCAAAACAAUAAACCACAAAGAACACAUAUUUAUGCAUUUCAUUGUUUUUAAAUUUGAUUGAAAAAAGGAAAAAAGAAUAAUAAUUCUCGGGAAUGUUGGAAAGCUUGAGAUUAACGUCGAUUGUUCUCGGAGUUUUGAAUUUAGUGGUGGUGGUGUUGGGUGGAAUUCUGGUAGCCAGUACAUACCCAGGAUGUGAUCGCCACAAGAUUUUACCAAUCGUCGCGGUUUCAAUGUUGGCUGCUGUUAAAAUCGGGACGAUGAUCAAACUAGGAAUUGCCCAAGAAGCUACUGCCAAAACCAUAACCGAUUCUCCUUCUGAAGCUGACGACCUUGACGCUGUUAUUCGCCAUGACAGACGGGUGAAAUACAAAACAUGGCUUGGUUGGAGCCGGUUUGCCAUGGUGGUUACAAUGUUGCAAAUUUUGGGUGCUUUUUAUCUUAUGUUUAACGUGGCUAGAUAUGUUUCUCAAGAUGCAAAUGUUUCAAGUCAGUGUUUUGUAGGACUGGCUGCAAGCAGUAGCGCAUGGAAGCGAAAAGUUAUGCUUUUAUUUAUGAUCACGGCCUGUUGUAUUGCAAUUAUGCAGUGUUUUGCUGGAUCUGACAUCUUAAAAUGGAGGUUUUUUUAUGCAACCCAAGAUGAUGCAUGGAAAGCUCACUAUCAAGAGGUAUUUGAUUAUGGAAUUCGUGAGGCUUUGUGCUGUCUGGGGCGUGUUGAAUACUUAACUGUGUUGGAAGACGAUGAAGUAUAUUCAGUAGCAAAAUUACUGGGUGAUCUUGUUGCUUACCGUGCAUCAGGGACUGGUCAUUUGGAACUUUUGACAGGUCUAGCAUUGUUGCAGAAGCAUGGCCAAUCCCGUAAAUCCCAUGAAUGUUUUGUUGAGGCACCGGUAGAACAUGUGCAAGUGGCUGCAGCUUUUCAUAAGUUUGCUGAAGCUGCUUAUACGGGCCCUUUGCUUGAUUUUGGAAGAAAUCCUUUUGUAUUUCCAUGUGCGUGGCUCUAUAGGCAAGGGAUUUUGACCCCGUGGAAUCGUAACAGGCGUCCUGCCCUUGAUGGUGAUAACUGGUGGCGAGGUCAUGCAGCAGCAUUCUUAAAAUUUGUCAAUUUACCCCCUGAAGUACUUCGGCGAGGUCGUGUUUGUCAAAAAAAAUGUGAAGCUGCAUAUUUUGUUGUGGUUUUACAUCAUCUAAGAUCUAUAGUGAUUGCUGUACGAGGAACUGAGACCCCUGAAGACCUCAUAAUUGAUGGUUUAGGCCGGGAAAGUCCCCUGUCCGUGAUGGAUUUGGAUGGACUGAUAAAUAGCAGUUAUAUUGACCCUUCUGUCAAGCAACGUGUAGAAUCAUCUUUCCCACACUAUGGGCAUUCAGGUAUAGUAGAAGCUGCCCGGGAUCUUUACACACAGAUUGAAGGAUUCUCUGGAGGUGAAUGUCGGUCAGGUGGCUUCCUUUCCUCAUUGCUGGGAACUGGAUGUGAAUGUGAAGGUUAUAGCAUACGAAUAGUUGGGCAUUCCUUAGGAGGUGCAAUUGCUGCAUUGCUAGGAAUAAGACUAUAUCAGCAAUUCCCAAAUUUACAUGUUUAUUCCUAUGGACCUCUUCCAUGCGUUGAUUCAGUUGUGGCAGAUGCAUGUUCAGAUUUUGUAACAAGCAUUAUACACAACAAUGAAUUUUCUACCCGCCUUUCAGUUGGAUCGAUCCUACGGCUUCGUGCAGCUGCAAUAACAGCACUAUCAGAAAAUACCAAAACUGAUAUGGCCUUGAUUUUCAGACUUGCACGGCAAUUUCUUUAUGCAAGCAAUUCUCAUAGAACUAAGAUUGAGGCAAAGGAUACAGCCAAAUAUUCUUCUGGAACAAGCACAGAGAUCAAGGAUCAAGGUCAGGAGUUUUCCCUCUGUCAUGAGACUGACAGGAGACAAAAUCUUGUUGACAUUGCCGAUGACGAUUUCAUCAAUCCUUUUGCUGCUGAUCUAAACCAAUCAGAUGAUCCAAUAUCUCAGUUUAUGGAAACUGCCUCCAGAUCUGAAAAUGGGUCAUCCAGUGGUCCUGUUGAGAUGUUUCUACCAGGCCUUCUAAUUCAUAUAGUACCUCAACAACAAAACUUAAAUAACUUACUGUGGAAUAGCUGGAGAGUCCAAGAGAACAUGAGGAAGUAUAAAGCUUUCUUAGUAAACCGAGAAUACUUAAAAGAUAUUGUAGUUUCACCUAAUAUGUUCUUUGACCAUCUACCCUGGAGAUGUAACAAUGCCAUGAAAAAGGUCUUGGAAGCUGAAAAUGUCGCAGCAUUGGAUGUAUCUCACAUUGUGUGACUCACAUCUUUUUGAGGCCAACUAAGAACGUGAUGAUAUUGGCUGUGGUGUAUUCAGCUCCGUUGAUUUUAUUCAUGCUACAUCUGAAGUGUAGUUUAGUGGAAGAGGAAAACACUGACUGCCAUCUGCUAAUGGAGUAUCCUGCAGCUCGAUACUCUGUAUCUGGAAAGCGUAGAAGAGUGAAUAUUCAGUUCCCUUUUCUUGCACAAUCUGGAGUUGAGGUACUGGUUUAAUUUCCAAAUUCCAUAGUCUGUCACCAUGGCUUUGAUUCAGAAGAAGCUUUAAACCCAACUGACCCCUGAUUUGCUAUACUCCUUUCUCUCCCCCCCCCCCCCACCCCCCACAACUACCUUAAGAAGAAUGUAAUUUAAAUACUAAUUUGGCUAAAAUUUUGCCCUGUAUCUAAACAAAAUAGCUGAUACUGCAAAAACAGUUUCUUUUAUUGUCAAAGGACUCAUAGGCUAUCAAGUUGGUGGGAUCGUGUUGUAUAGUGUGAACUACAUAUAAAAUGUAUAAAAGUUACAAAUUUAUAGUGUAAGCACCAAUUUAAGUAAAGUUCAUUCUUCAUCUUCAUGAAUUAACUUAUAUUCUUGGCUAUAGUUGUUGAUUUCUCUCUGAUCACACCGAAUUGUCAGACGUAUCAGCUUUU